AUGUCGACAGCAGCAGCGGGUAGUCUCGACACUGCAUCUCCUGCGGCCAAAGUGAAAGGCUCUGAAGCCGCAUCCCCAAGUACAGAUGCGAUCAAGUCGGUCAAGUUCAAGAGCCCCAAAUCGAGUCCUAACAUCCAAUCCUCUUCGCGCUUCGCUCGUAUCAACGGCAUCUCCAACGGCAAUGACGAUGGCCAUACUCACAACCACGGCGCAGAAACUCCACCCACCACGAGCAAAGCCUUCUUCCCCCUCUUCCCCGGAAUCGUCUCCGCGCUUGAUGAAAGUCCGUGGUCAUCGGGACACAACACACCCACCCUCAGUACUGCUAUUCACAACGUUGCAGAGCAUACCGAAGAUGCAAUUCAACGAGUUGCUGCAACACAGCCCAACGGAGGAAUCAUGGAACGAGUCGCCAAACAAGCUAUCAACAUCGCCGACUAUAUAGAGCGCCUGCUGCAAUGGGAGAUCUUCAGCCGUGUCAACGCGAUUGGAGGUUUAGACAACAUGUGGUUGUUGAUAGACGGCAUCAGCUCUUUGAACCCUGUCUGCACCGCCACCUACACCUUUAAGAAUCCUGCCAAGCUGGACAAGCUCAAAGAGGCGAUGUUGGAACAGAUCGGACAUUUCCCAAAGUAUACGCAAAGACUCGCCGAUGUGGGACGAUUCUUCCACGGCACAGUAUUCAUCAAUGACGAAGACUUUGACAUUGACCGCCACAUACGAGCCUACAGUCUACCCGGUGAUGCGGGUACGCGCGAGCUGGAGGCCUUCGCUUCAGAGUUCAUUGCCAAAGGCUGGGACUACUCGAGGCCGCUCUGGGAAGUAGCGGUACUGGAAAACUUUGUAGACGAACACAGCGGUGCAAAGGGUGCGUGCGUUAUCCGCGGCCAUCACACCAUGGCCGAUGGCCAAGGAUUCGUCAUGAGCCAGCUGCUCAUCACUUCACUAGGACCUAAGCUGGGGAGCAUGAUGGCCGACGGUGCUCAGUUGCUGAGCGACGCAAAGAGGGGCAAAGCGCUGCCUUCGCGCAUGAACAAGAAGCUGGCGAGUCUGGAUCGAUUCCACGGCACGAUUGCGUUGCGGUUGGUCAUGAUGGCGCUGUAUUGGAUCAGCUGGUUGGUUAAUUUGAUCACCGAUAUUGCUGGAUGCUUUACGCUGGCCAUCUCAACAACGUUCUUUUUCGUGGCUACCUUCUGGCGUCAGCGUUAUGUUACGGCGAGCUACGAUGGCCCUCGAAAGCAGGAGAAGGAGUUUAGCGUUUCGAAAUCGUUUACGCUUGCCGAUGUCAAGUUGGUUUCCAAGGCGUUUUCGGGUGUCGAGCCGGGUACGUUGCUAGACAAGGUGCAGGGAGGCAAGCGAUUCUCGCGUCCGUUGAUCGGUACACACCUUACGGUCAACGACAUCAUCUGCACCGUGAUCGCGGACGUGAUCAACGACGAAUUGGAUCGUCGGCCUUUGCAGCCCGGGCUGUUGAACAAGAUCCGUCACUAUUCGCACAAGAUCUUGCCGUCACAAAUUGGAAUUCUGAUCCCCAUCUCGAUCCGCGAACCAGGCGAUUGGUCGCUUCGCAACCUUUCCACGGCUGGAAUCGCCUACCUGCCUACGACCAGAGGCCUGUCCACCGACGUCAAGGUGCUUUACCGUCGAUUGCACACCACCCACAAACGACUCAACAUCCUCAAGCAUUCGCUGCUUCCUAAGAUUUGUUUCUACCUGAUCCAACUCACAGGCCAGAUCCCCGCGAUCUUGCCCAUCCCGUUCGGCUUGCUGCCUAAGCAUCGAUUUAACGUGCUUCGCUGGCCAACCGUAUGGGUGGUAGAACGCAUUUUGACAUCUGUCACGGCGGUGGUAACCAACGUACCGUGCCCUUCGAAGCAGCGCAUCGAGCUGGCGGGGCAGGAAGUGGUGAGGUGGACAGCGUUGCCUCCUCAGGCGGGUAAAGGAACCCUGGGUAUCGGUAUCUGCUCGUACGGUGGCGAUUUCAGCAUCUCGAUCUCGGCGGAUCGGGUGGAAGGUAGCCAAGGUGCAGCGGCAAGGUUGACCAAGAGCUUCGAGAGGAGGUGGGAGGAGUAUGUCGAGACGAGCAGGAGGCUGAUCCCGAAGACGGACUCGGAGAGCAAAGGGCGCAAAGAGAAGAGGAGCAGCUCUGGUGCCAAGGAUGUUUCCGAGAAGGAAGGCAGCGCUAAGCGAAGGAGGUCGAGUGCUAGCGCCAGUUCGGCGUCGUCGGCUUCGUCGACGUCGUCAGCGAGUAAAGAUAUGAGCAUCAUCGGUGAUAAGCAAGAGUAG